GGAGAGUGCAUAGAAAAAGAGGAAGGAAGCUGAGGGACUUUGUGAAGAACCAAGCCCCCUGCUGCAACUGCAGCAGCCAAACUUGCCUUGUGAUUCAUUUGUCUGUAAGUGAACAUUGCUGGGAUUUUAUCCAGAACCAAACAGCCAUCCUACUGACUCAAAGCUACCCAGCCUGCUGGACUUGUUGGCUAUGACUCCUUGGCAGAAAAGCGAUAAGAAGAUUGGAGUGGCAAUAUACAAUUUCAGAGCUGCAAGAGUGCCACAGUUAUCUCUUCAUAUUGGUGAUGUAGUCCAUAUACUGGAAGACUGUGAAGGUUGGUACAAGGGAUACCGUGUAAGACAUAAAGGAAUAGAGGGAAUAUUUCCAAAAUCUUUUAUCCAUAUCAAAGAAAUAGCUGUUGAAAAGAAAAGGAAUGCAGAAAAUGUAAUACCUGCUGAGAUUCCUUUGGUGCAAGAGGUUACGUGUACACUUUGGGAAUGGGGCAACAUCUGGAAACAACUCUAUGUGGCAAACAAAAAGGACAGUUUUCGGCAAGUACAAUCUAUGAUGUGCGAGUUAAUGGAGUGGAGGUCGCAGCUACUCUCAGGAACAUUGCCCAAAGAUCAGCUCAAAGAACUGAAGCAAAAAGUCACUUCCAAAAUUGACUAUGGCAACAAGAUACUUGAGCUAGAUCUUAUAGUUAGAGAUGAAGAUGGGAAUAUCUUGGAUCCAGAUAAGACCGGUGUCAUCAGCCUCUUUCGUGCUCAUGCCGAAGCUACUAACAAAAUCACAGAACGAAUUAAAGAGGAGAUGUCAAAGGAUGAGUCUGAUUAUGGAAACUUCUCCAGAUACUCUUCAUCCCCCACUCACAGCCUUUAUGUCUUCGUGAGAAAUUUUGUUUGCAGAAUAGGAGAAGAUGCGGAACUUUUCAUGUCCCUCUAUGAUUCACAGAAGCAUACAAUUAUAAGUGAAAAUUACUUGGUGAGAUGGGGGAGCAAAGGUUUUGUCAAAGAAAUCGACAAUUUCAACAAUCUGAAAGUGGUUUUCACUGAUCUUGGAAACAAGGAUCUUGGAAGAGAAAAAAUUUAUUUGAUAUGCCAAAUUGUACGGGUUGGACGAAUGGAUCUUAGAGACACUAAUACGCGAAAAUACACCCAGGGCAUACGGCGGCCUUUUGGAGUGGCAGCUAUGGAUAUUACAGACAUCGUAAAAGGGAAAGCAGAAAGUGAUGAAGAGAAGCAACAUUUCAUUCCCUUCCACCCAGUGUCUGAGAAUGAGUUUUUGCAUAAUCUGUUAAGCAAGGUCACAGCAUUCAAAGGUGAUAGUGGUGGACAAGGACUAUGGGUAACUAUGAAAAUGCUUGUUGGAGACAUUACUCAGAUUAGAAAGGACUACCCUCAUCUUGUUGACAGAACAACAGUUGUUGCUAGGAAGCUUGGCUUUCCUGAAAUAAUCAUGCCUGGUGAUGUAAGAAAUGACAUCUAUAUUACCUUGCUCUAUGGAGAUUUGGAUAAGUAUAAUAAAACUACUCAAAGGAAUGUAGAAGCCAACAUGUGUGUCUGUGAUGAAGAUGGAAAAGUAAUACCAAAUGCAAUUUGUUUAGGAGCUGGAGACAAGCCUGUGAGUGAAUACAAAUCAGUAGUGUACUACCAAGUCAAACAGCCCCGCUGGAUGGAGACAUUAAAGGUAGCGUUACCCAUUGAGGACAUGCAAAGGAUUCACUUGCGCUUUAUGUUUAGACAUCGGUCAUCUCAGGAGUCUAAAGACAAAGGAGAAAAGAACUUUGCAACGUCUUAUGUAAAGUUAAUGAAGGAGGAUGGGACAACUCUGCUUGAUGGCUUUCACGAGCUGGCAGUCCUAAAGGGUGAUAGUAAGAAAAUGGAAGAUGCCAGUGCUUACUUGAGUCUCCCUUCUUCACGUCAUCAUGUGGACUUUAAAGGCUCAACCUUAAGUCGGAGUUCAAGCAGUGUUGGAGGCCUCUCAGUUAGCUCAAGAGAUUCCUUUGCUAUUUCAACACUUAUUUGUUCAACCAAACUAACUCAAAAUGUGGGUUUACUGGGCCUUUUGAAGUGGCGUAUGAAGCCAGAGCUCUUGCAGGAAAACUUAGAAAAACUGAAGAUUGUGGAUGGGGAAGAAAUUGUGAAGUUUCUCCAAGAUACUUUAGAUGCCCUGUUUAAUAUCAUGAUGGAACAUUCUCAUAGUGAUGCAUAUGACAUUCUUGUCUUCGACGCAUUGAUAUAUAUAAUAGGACUCAUUGCAGAUAGGAAAUUUCAGCAUUUCAAUACUGUACUUGAGGCUUAUAUACAGCAACACUUCAGCGCAACUUUAGCCUACAAGAAAUUAAUGACAGUUUUGAAGACUUACUUGGAUACUUCCAGCAGAGGAGAACAGUGUGAACCUAUACUAAGAACCCUGAAAGCUCUGGAAUAUGUGUUCAAGUUCAUAGUUCGUUCAAGGACUUUGUUUUCACAGCUAUAUGAAGGCAAAGAACUGACAGAAUUUGAAGAAACAAUGAGAAGACUUUUUGAAUCAAUCAACAACCUGAUGAAAAGUCAACAUAAAGUAACAAUUUUAUUACAGGUAGCUGCAUUGAAGUAUAUUCCUUCUGUACUCCAAGAUGUAGAAACAGUGUUUGAUGUCAAGUUACUUAGCCAGCUCUUACAUGAAUUUUAUACUUGCAUUCCGCCAGAAAAGCUACAGAAGCAAAAAGUGCAAUCCAUGAGGGAAAUAGUUUGCAGCAACCUCUUUAAAAAACAAGAAUGUAGAGACAUUCUACUCCCUGUCAUUACCAAAGAACUGAAGGAAUUGCUGGAUCCAAGGAAUUACUGCAUCCAAGAAACACAAAUCCAAGAGAAGAAGUAUUGUGUUGAAUUACUCAACAGCAUCCUGGAGGUUCUCAGCUGUCAAGAUGCACAGUCAACUUAUCAGCACAUACAAGAAAUAAUGGUCCAGUUGCUGCGCACCAUUAACAGGACCGUCAUUAGAAUGGGAAGAGAUGACACUUUAAUUAGUCAUUUUGUGGCCUGCAUGACAGCAAUCUUGAAGCAAAUGAAUGACCAUCAUUAUGCUUCAUACAUUGAAACUUUUCAAACAAACUCAGAGCUAGUGGACUUUUUGAUGGAGACCUUCAUAAUGUUUAAAGAUCUUAUUGGAAAAAAUGUCUAUCCCUUGGACUGGAUGGCCAUGAGCAUGGUGCAGAACAGAGUAUUUCUGAGAGCCAUCAACAAAUUUUCUGAGACUAUGAACCAGAAGUUUUUGGAAAACAUGAACUUUGAAGAACAACUGUGGAACAACUAUUUUCAUCUUGCAGUGGCUUUUAUCACCCAGGAUUCCUUGCAGCUGGAACAAUUCUCCCAUGCAAAGUGCAUAAAGAUCCUGAAUAAGUAUGGAGACAUGAGACGCUUAAUUGGCUUUGCUAUUCGUGACAUGUGGUACAAACUUGGGCAGAAUAAAAUUUGCUUUAUUCCUGGAAUGGUUGGACCCAUCUUAGAAAUGACCCUUAUUCCUGAAGCUGAGCUGCGGAAAGCCACAAUCCCAAUAUUCUUUGAUAUGAUGCUGUGUGAAUAUAGAAACACAGGAGAAUUCAAAAAGUUUGAAAAUGAAAUCAUUUUAAAAUUGGACCAUGAAGUGGAAGGAGGCCGUGGAGAUGAGCAAUACCUGCAUUUGUUUGAAUCAAUACUCACUGUGUGUUCCUCAAGUUACCCUAAGAUUGCCAAGCCAGUUGAAACGUUUGUAAGCCUAGUAAAAGGCCUUUUGGAAAAACUGCUGGAUUACCGUGCUGUGAUGAAUGAUGAAAGCAAGGACAAUCGCAUGAGCUGUACUGUGAAUUUAUUGAAUUUCUACAAGGAGAUCAACCGUGAAGAGAUGUAUAUAAGGUACUUGUAUAAACUUCGGGAUCUUCAUUUAGACUGUGAGAACUACACUGAGGCUGCUUACACACUUCUGCUCCAUGCUUCGCUUCUGAAAUGGUCUGAUGAACAGUGCACUCCUCAAGUCAUGCAAACAGAAUUUCAGAGUUCACAAACGCAUCGGCACCUGAAAGAGCACUUGUAUGAGAUGAUAAUAGAAUACUUUGACAAGGGAAAGAUGUGGGAAGAAGCAAUAUCCUUGUGCAAAGAACUGGCAGAGCAAUAUGAAAUGGAAAUUUUUGAUUAUGAACUACUGAGCCAGAACUUGAAGCAGCAAGCAAAGUUCUAUGAAAAUAUUAUGAAAAUUCUGAGACCUAAACCAGAUUACUUUGCUGUUGGAUAUUAUGGCCAGGGAUUCCCCACAUUUCUAAGGAACAAAGUAUUCAUCUAUCGUGGCAAGGAGUAUGAGCGAAGAGAAGAUUUUCAAGCACAGUUGAUGAGCCAUUUUCCAAAUGCUGAAAAAAUGAAUACUACUGCACCCCCUGGAGAGAACAUAAAACACUCCAUGGGUCAAUACAUACAGUGCUUCACAGUUCAACCAGUUUUGGAAGAGCAUCCUCAGUUCAAAAAUAAGCCGGUCCCAGAUCAGAUUAUCAACUUUUAUAAGUCUAACUACGUGCAAAGAUUCCACUAUUCAAGACCAAUCAGAAAAGGGUCCGUUGACCCUGAAAAUGAAUUUGCUUCUAUGUGGAUUGAGAGAACAUCCUUUGUUACGGCUUACAAACUUCCUGGAAUCCUGCGUUGGUUUGAAGUUAUGUCUAUGUCGCAGAUGACCAUCAGCCCAUUGGAGAAUGCCAUUGAAACAAUGUCCAUGACCAACGAGAAGAUUUUGGCCAUGGUUAAUCAAUACCAAAAUGAUGAGAACCUUCCAAUUAACCCUCUGUCCAUGCUUCUGAAUGGAAUUGUUGAUCCAGCAGUUAUGGGAGGGUUUGCUAAAUAUGAAACGGCUUUCUUCACUGAUGGGUACAUCAGGGACCACUCUGAGGAUCAGGAGAAACUAAGCAGACUUAAAGACCUGAUUGCUUGGCAGAUUCCUUUUCUUGGAGCUGGAAUUAAAAUCCACGAGAAGAGGGUUUCAGAUAGCCUCCGUCCUUUCCAUGAGCGUAUGGAAGACUGUUUCAAGCACGUAAAGGCCAAAGUGGAGAAACAAUACGGAGUCAGAGAACUGCCGGAUUUUGAUGACAGUCGAGUUGGUCGGCCAACAUCUAUGCUGAGAUCAUAUCGUCAGAUGUCUAUUAUCUCAUUGACCUCCAUGAAUUCGGACUGUGGUACACCAAACAAGAUUGCUGCACAAAGCUUUGAACUGGAAGUCUUGUCUCCAAAGGCAACAAAGUCAGUGUCAGAUGAGAAUGUACGCAUGAUAAGCACCCAGCCUGAAGUUAAGCUGAGAAGGUGCAGGAAGAGAGCAAAGAGAAGCAGUGUGGUAUUUGCAGAUGAAAAAGCAUCACCUGAACUUCUUGACAUGAAAUGCCUGUCAAGAAAAUAUGAAUUUAUGAGUGACACGAAUCUUUCUGAACAUCUGGAUGUACCUCAGAAAACAUCUGUUCUCAAGCAAAUGAGCUUUGCCAGCCGUUCUAUGCCAACCAUGCCAGGGCUUACUAUGUCAGUAUGCUGCCCAGCACCUGAUGAACCAAGUGCAUCCCAGAGGAUGAGCCAGGCAAGCAUCCCUCCCAUCUUGGAAGCAGACAGGAAAACCCUAAAAAAGAAGAAAGUAAACCAGCUCUUCAAAACAAUAUACAGGCCCAAGCAACUUGAAGAUGGGAGGCAUGCCAGUGAGCGACAAUCCGAUUUAUUCAUGGACGAGUGAAUAAAUUCCCUCAUUUAGAAGAGAAGAAAUUUCCCAGCAAAUGAAAAAAACAAGAUUCUAAACUGGAGAGGGACACUGGCAUAACAGAAGUUUUAUAACAUAUAUAAAUCACUUGCAUACUUUGUACAUCUGUUGUUUAAUCAAAGCAUAAUAUAUUUGCUUUUAUAUUCCUAAUAAUCUAAGGUGUCAUAUACGAUUAAAAAAUCAAGACUUCUUAGUUAUCUGCAGGCCAGUUCACAGGCUCAGUCUUCUAGGAAGGCAGUGGGUCAUUGGAGCAAGUAUGCACCUGGUAUUGUGCAUAGAAGAUAAUAUCCAUUUGCAUUUUAUUUGCACAUUAUAUAAAGUGUAUGGUGCUGGCUUCUGUACUCCACUGCAAGUAUAGGAUGCCUAAAAGACAGACCUUGUAAACUGGGUCUUAGUUAGCUCAUUAUACUUAUAAAUGUCCAGUGAAGUUUAAAGAUUGACUGAAAACAUGUUUUUAUUAUAGCAUAGGCUCUGCUGAAAUCCAUGACAGCAGUCCAAGGUCAUAGGUUGCAUUGACAUAUAUUUGCAUUCCCUCCCACCCCAACAAUAAUAGCUCUUUUGUAUUUGAAUUCCAUCCGCCACUGCCCAAGUGUAUGUGUUUAAAUGAGCCUCUUAUCCUCUUUUUCUCCAGGAGCUACAUUCUAUAUACUUCCUAUAAUUUAGCAACCAAAUGUUUAAAUGUGUGCCCCAUUUGCUUUGAAUCAUCCUUCAUGGAAUUCCUCUGAAUUCCUCAGUAUACUGCAAAUUCAUCUUGUCUUACUGACAACAGAAGUAAUGCUCCAAUUACUGUAUUGCUACUGUACCAAUAUACAGGCAUACCCUGCUUUAACGUACGCAAUGGGACCGGAGCGUGUAUGUAAAAUGAAAAUAUACUUAAAGUGAAGCAAUCAUCUAUGCAUGUACUGCACUGCAACCGCCACUAGAUGGCAGCGGCGCCAUGCCAUUAAGUGUCCGUAAUUGCGAAGCACACGUACGUUAAGCGGAGUAUGGUGGCGUAUGGAGCAUGUACGUUAUAGCGAGGCGACGUUAAGUGAAGCAACGUUAAGCGGGGUAUGCCGGUAAUUGAUUUUCUUGCCUUUCUAACAUACGUAUGAGACACCUUUUUGUACAAGACAAGUGCAGAUACAUCAUUUUUGUACUAUUAUUUCAUAACUUGCCCCUUUAUUUUAAAGAAGUCAAGAAAUGUAUAAUCUUGAUUUGGGACUUCUAUGACAUGUCAACAUUUUCAUUUACUGAUGUAAUUCCUGGUUGCUGUGUGCAACUGUGCUAAUUUAAUAAACUAUGCCCAACUAAGGUAAAGUUUUAAGUUGCUUGCUAUAAGAUGAAAAUUUAAACUUCAGUUUAUAUUCCCCAGCAGUAUGGAUGAC